AUGCUAUCGAAAUGUGAGUUUUUUCUUUGGAGAAAAUUGGAUUUGAGGCCGUAAUCUUAAUUUAUCUGGAAACAAAACCAUUUUUGAGGUCCCAUCUUUGGGCUCACAAUCAGAGUCAAUUAUUUUUUCGGAUUUUGGGAAAAAUUUGAUAAUUUUCAGCCCGAAAAACAAUUUAGUUUUCAAUUUUCUAGAAUAAUCAAGUUCAGACUUAAAGAUUUCCCAGAACACCUGAUAUAGUCUCCAUUUUUUCCAGAUGUAAUUUGUAUUCUUCUGUUCAUUCAAUUCUCAAAUAUCCUCGCAACCAGCGAUAAAAUCGAUUGCUCAGGUUCAGAAGUCAGUUUCAUCGAUCAACAACAAACAAAAAAUAUCACCGACAAAAGUUGCACUCAUAUAACCGGUGAUAUUAUUCUCAAAGAUCUCGAAAAUGUCGAAUUCAGUUUUUCAAGUAUUCGAAAAAUUCAAGGAAGUAUAAUUAUUGAAAAUAUGAAGAAUAGUGCAUUAUUUUUGAAUGAUUUGAUAUCGAUUGAUUCAGGAUCAAAACCGGCAAUUAUUAUUAGAAAUAAUGAGAAUUUCCGUUUUGAAAUUUCGAAUAAAUUUAGAAAAUGUAGCAGUUCAAAUUUGGAAUUUGUUUAUGAAUUGACUGAAAAUUCACCAAACCCAAUUGAUGUGAAGACAUAUACAAAAUUGUAUUUGGCGGCUACUGGAUCUAUUACUUCCCCUGUUUUUUAUAUCGAUAAUUCGAUUCAUUCGGAAAGUUGUAAUCAAGAUUGUGAGUUUUAUUUUUGAUUUUAAGGAUUGGGAAAGCUUGAGGAUAUGAUUUCUGAAUCGAGCCCAGCUUCUAGAUAGUCACACAUCUGAAAAAAACAUUUUUCAGUCUUCAAAAUGCUCUCAACAAUUAUGGGUUUUCUUGGCGUCGUUCUUAUCACUGCACUUUUCCUUGUUCAUCAUUAUGGAAGAGAAUUCAGUGAGUAG